AUGGCGGCGAUGGACGUCUCAAGGCAAAGGAGAUCGCUCCUUGGUGAUGCGAUCGUUCUGAACCAACUGCCGGCUGAACUACGUCAACUCAUAGAGGACACUACUGCCACCAAAAUCCUCGACGCCGUCUCAGAUGCCGCUCUCAUCCCGAUACUUACAGAACGCAUUUUUAUUCAUUUUGAAGCCGCCUUUCCCGACAUUUGUGCCCGUUGGAUCCUCAACUCGGGUAGCAGCUCUCGAGUACUCAGCGCCACAUCAGCAUUGGCCAGGCUAUUACCUUUUGCUCCGUAUCUGUCGGCUUUUCUCGAGCAACCUGCCGUCGACUCUGCUGCCUUGGGUCAAGCCCCUCAUCUUCACAUUCCUCUUCCACACCUAGAUGCUGUCCUGCGGGAGGUGGAUGGGAGACAUCUUCUUGAACACCUCAUCACAUUAUGGAGACUCAUCAGCUUCGAUUUUGCGAGAUUCAGCCCACAUAUCUCACCCGCCCUCAUCCAGAACCUCUUCGCCCACGACGACAGGCCUGUGCGGUACGUCGCUAUUAGAAUCUUUUGCCUCCUUCUUCAUGCCUCCGACUAUAAGCUGGAGGCUCUCAUUAAUGAGCACGUUGGAAGGAAUGAUGCUGCCAUUGGAGAUUUGGACGGCGUCUCGGUCGACUACGGCUUCCUGUCCCUGCAUGAAAAUGCGCGUGUCAAGAAGGCCGUCGCCCUCCGCGAGCAGCUCAAGGCUACUGCUAUCGACGAGGAAGAAACUCCCGUUAUGCAGACCCUCACGCCUUAUUCUGUACCAUAUGGAAGCGUUCUACUCCCGCGACCUUACGGACCGACUGGUAACCCAUCCAAUCUAGUCCGGACCGCCACCACAUCCAGGAACCUCGAGAAUCUGGCCACUCUUCUGCGAGACAACGAUCCAAUCCUGCUUCAUGGACUUUCGGGAUCCGGAAAGACGUCGUUGGUCCACGAGGUUGCCCAGCAGCUGGGAAUGUAUUCCAACAUGGUCACACUGCACUUGAACGAGCAGACCGAUGCUAAAAUGCUUGUCGGCCUGUAUUCGACGGACACAAAGCCUGGAAGCUUCCAAUGGAGACCAGGUGUGUUGACAACCGCUGUCAAAGAGGGUCGAUGGGUCUUGGUAGAGGACCUCGAUAGGGCUCCUACAGAAGUAUUGAGCACUUUGCUGCCCUUGAUUGAGCGCAGGGAGCUCCUCAUUCCCAGUCGAGGGGAGCGCAUCCAAGCUGCGAGUACCUUCAGGCUCUUCGCCACACUGCGGAACUCUAGGGGCAUGAAUGGGCGCGAAAAUCUUCCCAGUAUCGUGGGAAUGCGAUUCUGGCAAUCGAUGCACGCUGAGCCAUUGGCCGAGCAGGAGCUGGAGGAGGUCAUUCUCAACACGUAUCCAAUUCUUCGCAAGUUUGUACCUGGUAUUCUCGCAGUUUAUGGACGUCUUUCCAGGCUCGGCCGCGACCCCACGUCACCCUCCGCGAGCCGCAGUCUUGUUGACCGCCAGAUUAACCUCCGAGACCUCUUGAAGUGGUGCCGGCGCCUGCGGGAGUGUCUCUCUAACGCGGGGUCGACCAUCGGAGACGAGCCUAUCACCGAGACGACCCGUGACUGGAUGUUUAUGGAAGCUCUCGACUGCUUCGUCGGAAGCUCACCUAACGCCGAGUCGAGCAGGAAACUGGUUUAUGCCAUUGCCGAGGAGAUGCACCUAGCUCCUGAACGCGCCGACCAUUAUCUCAACACUUACACUCCGCUACUCGACGAGAAUGAUUCGCGAUUUGACAUUGGACGAGUGAAACUACGAAAGCAAAAGUUGACGAGUCGUAUGCAGCGAUCGAAACGACCUUUUGCAAGCACAGCCCAUGCCAAGAAGCUGCUUGAACAAAUUUCUCAAGCUGUCAAGCUCAGCGAGCCGGUCCUUCUCGUCGGUGAGACAGGUAUCGGGAAGACUACCGUUGUUCAACAGCUGGCCGACUCUCUGGGCCAUAAACUUGUGGCAGUGAAUUUGUCUCAACAGAGUGAGGUGAGCGAUCUGCUUGGUGGCUUCAAGCCAGUCAACGUGCGAUCCCUCGCCGUACCCCUUAAAGAAGAAUUUGAGGACCUCUUUGCUGCUACGGGUAUCUCUGUCUCCAAGAACCAGAAAUACUUCGAGCAGGUCGGAAAGUGUUUUGCUAAGGGCCAGUGGUCCAAGGUUUCCAAGCUCUGGAAGGAAGCUCCCAAGAUGUUCCUCAAGAUUGUCAGUCAACUAGAGCAAGCGGAGUCGCAGUUGCAUGAUGAUACGAAAGAAGGGGACGAACAGCCCGCCAAACGUCGGAAAACCCAAUCCAAGCACCAGGCACUGCUGGAUCUGCGCCCAAGGUGGGACUCGUUUUCCAAAAAACUCGAGCAAUUCGAUGUCCAGAUCUCUGGCGGCGGAAACACCUUCGCCUUCACAUUUAUGGAAGGCAACCUCGUCAAGGCAGUGCGCAAUGGAGAUUGGGUGUUACUGGACGAGAUCAACCUGGCCUCUCCUGACACCCUCGAAAGCAUCGCAGAUCUGUUGACUGGUCCCGCCGAGCGCCCCUCCAUCCUCCUUUCAGAGACUGGCGAGAUUGAGAAGAUUGUCGCUCACCCCAAUUUCCGCAUAUUUGGUGCCAUGAACCCUGCCACGGAUGUCGGCAAGCGCGACCUCCCCACUGGCAUUAGGUCCAGGUUUACUGAGCUCUAUGUCCACAGCCCUGACACGGAUCUCAAGGACCUGCUGACCAUCGUCCGGACAUACUUGGGAACCAGCAGCAGCAAGCAUGACCAGGCAGCAGAUGACAUUGCACGCCUCUACCUCAAUACCAAGCGCAUGGCAGAGGCCAAGAGGCUUGUCGAUGGUGCUAACGAGGUGCCACAUUUCAGUCUCCGUACGUUGACGCGCGUUUUGAGCUACGUCAACAGCAUCGGCCCCCUCUACGGUCUUCGACGAGCUCUCUACGAAGGUUUCUCCAUGGGAUUCCUCACUCUUCUCGAUCGGGACUCGGAAAAGAUGUUGCUUCCCAUCAUCCAUCAUCAUCUUUUCGACAAGCAGGCAAAUGCACAGUCUCUCCUUUCGCAGGCGCCCAAGCAUCCCGAUGAUGGGAAGCCGUAUGUCAAAUUCAAGAACAAGAACCGAGACCGGCAGUACUGGCUGUUCCAGGGCAACGAGCCUGUCGUGGAGAGGGAUGACUACAUCAUCACCCCCUACGUUGAGCGCAAUCUACUCAACCUUGUACGAGCAACGUCGACACGGCGUUUCCCCAUCCUAAUCCAAGGCCCGACAUCUGCGGGAAAGACGAGUAUGAUCGAGUAUCUCGCCAAUUUCACCGGAAACAAGUUCGUCCGUAUCAACAACCACGAGCACACUGAUUUACAAGAAUACCUCGGAACAUAUGUCUCCGGUGCAGACGGCAAACUGCGUUUUCAAGAGGGUCUUCUGGUUCAGGCAAUGAGGCAAGGCCACUGGAUCGUCCUGGAUGAACUCAACCUUGCGCCUACAGACGUUCUUGAGGCUCUGAACCGUCUUUUGGAUGACAACCGAGAGCUUCUCAUUCCCGAGACCCAGGAAAUCGUCAGGCCUCACGAAAACUUCAUCCUCUUCUCCACCCAGAACCCUCCUGGUCUCUACGGUGGCCGAAAGGUACUCUCUCGCGCAUUCCGCAAUCGUUUCUUGGAGCUCCACUUCGAUGAUAUCCCCGAGGACGAACUGGAAUUCAUCCUUCAGCAACGCAGCCGGAACACCUCCCCACCGGACUGCCGUCGUAUUGUUACGGUUUACAAGGAGCUGUCCAGGCUGCGCCAGACAAGCCGACUUUUCGAGCAGAAGGACAGUUUCGCAACUCUGCGCGACUUGUUCCGCUGGGCAUUGCGAAAGGCAGAGACCCGCGAAGAGAUCGCUGCUCACGGAUUCAUGUUGUUAGCCGAGAGAGUGCGCAAUGAGGAAGAGCGUCUGGCAGUCAGAGACAUCAUUCAAAAGGUCUUCAAGGUCAAUAUUGACCCCCAGGAGCUGUACUCAGCCGAGAACGCCCCUGAAUUGAUGGGCUUGAGACGCAAAGGGAAUUCUCAGGGUGUUGUGUGGACACAUGCCAUGCGCCGUCUCUAUGUCCUCGUUUCCAGGGCCAUGUGCAAUAACGAGCCUGUUCUCCUUGUCGGCGAAACUGGCUGCGGAAAGACGACGGUCUGCCAGUUGCUUGCCGAGGCUCUCGGGAAGCAGCUUCACAUAGUCAACGCGCAUCAGAACACCGAGACGGGAGAUCUUAUCGGUUCCCAACGGCCCGUUCGUAACCGUGGGGCCAUACUCGACUCUCUGAAUGCAGACCUCAAAAUGGCAUUGGAUGAUGCUGGGGUCUCGUAUGAAGGAUCUAUAGAGGACAAGCUCGCUAAGUACAAGUCACUCGACAAGGAAGCGCUCUCUUCGAUCUCCGCAGACAUCCGUGAGCGCAUAGCCUUGAACGAGACCCGGAGUAAGGCAUUGUUUGAGUGGUCGGAUGGUGCUCUUGUGGAAGCCAUGAAGGACGGCCACUUUUUUCUUCUCGAUGAGAUCUCUCUUGCCGACGACUCUGUUCUGGAGAGACUCAACUCCGUACUUGAGCCCCAGAGGACUCUCCUUCUGGCAGAGAAGGGAAUCGACGACUCGUUUGUCCGAGCGACCGACGGCUUUCAGAUGUUUGCCACCAUGAAUCCCGGCGGCGACUUUGGCAAGAAAGAGCUUUCCCCCGCUCUGCGGAACCGUUUUACGGAGAUAUGGGUUCCAGCCCUGUCUGCUGACGAAGACAUCUACGACAUCAUUCAAACCAAGCUGACCAAGGACUGCAAAGAUCUUGCUGAUGUCAUUGUCCAGUUCGCUACCUGGUUUGGCGAGACGUUCAGGUCCUCCUCCUCGACGCGCUUCUCCAUCCGUGAAAUUCUGGUUUGGGUCGAGUUCAUCAAUGCCUUCCACUCCAAGAAUCGCAUGGCUGCUCUGGUACACGGAGCGGCCACCAUCUUCAUUGACAGUAUUGGCGCAAACCCCUCCGCCAUCCUCGCCAUCGACGGAGAGUCAAUCGCCCAACAGAGGACUAAGUGUCUCCAGAAGCUGAGUCAGCUUGCUGGUCACGACGUGUCUGAGAUAUACCAGAUGGAGCCGCAGCUUUCGAUGGACGAUACCUCGAUAUCGAUAGGCGACUUCAGCAUCCCCAAAGCGGCGUCUGGGUCGGCCGAACCCGGGUUCGCUUUCCACGCCCCCACGACAAGGCUCAACGGAAUGAGGGUGCUUCGUGCGCUCCAGAUGCGGAAGCCCAUUUUGCUGGAGGGUAGUCCUGGUGUCGGAAAGACCACCUUGGUUGCUGCCCUUUCGCGUGCAUGCGGUCAGCCCCUGACAAGAAUCAACCUUUCGGACCAGACUGAUCUCAUGGACCUUUUCGGAACUGAUGUACCCGUGGAAGGUGCGGAGGCGGGCAAUUUUGCCUGGCGCGAUGCGCCUUUCUUGCAGGCCAUGCAAAAGGGAGAGUGGGUACUCUUGGACGAGAUGAACCUGGCUUCGCAGUCGGUCCUUGAAGGUCUCAACGCCUGCUUGGAUCAUCGGGGAGAGGUGUACAUUUCUGAGCUGGAUCAAGUCUUCAAGCGCCAUCCCGACUUCCGCCUUUUUGCUGCUCAGAACCCUCAUCACCAGGGAGGCGGCCGCAAAGGUCUUCCCAGCUCUUUCGUCAACCGUUUCGUCGUCGUCUAUGCCGACGUCUUCACCGGCGAAGACCUCCAGCUCAUCGCUGCGCAUAACUUUCCUGAUAUGCCGGCUCAAUCUAUUACGCAAAUGAUCCAGUUCAUCUCCCGCAUUGAGCAUGAUCUGGCCACUGACAAGUCAUUCGGCUCCCAGGGUGGACCGUGGGAGUUCAACCUUCGUGAUGUGCUGCGAUGGCUGCAUCUAUUGAAUUCCCAGGAGGAUCUUCUCCAGGCUGCACGCAUGGAUGAUUUCUUGGACCUCGUCGUCAGGCAGCGCUUCCGGACACAGAAGGACCGUGAUCAAGUCAGCCGACUUUUCACUGAAACGACAGGGGUUGAGCCUCGUGUCCGCAGCCUUUACCACAACAUCAGCGCUCUGUUUGGCCAGGUCGGCCUAGCUCUCCUGAACAGGAAUAUCGACCUCCAGCCUGAGAGGCUUCCCAGCAUAGAUACGAAGCCCCGCCUCCCUGAGCUGGAGACGCUGAUGAUCUGCGUCAAGAAGAACAUUCCCUGUAUCCUCAGCAGCCCGUCAGGAUACGGAAAAUCAUCUCUUUUGGAGCAUGUUGCCGCACUGUCGGGAAAGCCUCUUGUCGUGUUCCCGAUGAACGCUGACAUCGACACCAUGGACCUUGUUGGUGGCUUUGAGCAGGCAGAUCCCCUGCGGCAAGUCAAUGCCACCUUUGUGGACCUGCGCGAGAGCCUUCAGAAGUCAAUCAUGUCCAUUAUGCCCGGCCAAGUCCCAGUGGAAGCUCUGCAGCUGUUCCAUACGCUCGAGCGUUUCGGAGGCAGCAUGGACAGUAUCGACAUUAUCAGAUCAUCCAUCGACGCGCUUUACCAGACAAUCCCACAUAAUUCCGAAGUAGGAAGAAUCCUGACAUCGGCCCUCGAACUUCUCAAUGGGCCACUCACUUUGGCUAACCCCCGGUUCGAGUGGUUGGACGGUGUGAUUGUCAAGGCGCUCCAGACCGGUCAAUGGCUUGUUCUGGACAACGCAAACAUGUGCAAUGCCUCAGUUCUCGAUAGGCUCAACUCACUUCUAGAACCUAAUGGCUCCCUAAGUAUCAAUGAGCACUGCGAGCCUGGAGGCGAGCCAAGGGUUAUCAGACCUCAUCCAGACUUCAGAAUCUUCCUGACCGUCGACCCCCGAUACGGCGAGCUUUCUCGGGCUAUGCGAAACCGUGCUGUUGAGAUUUACAUCCACAUUUCCCCUCCGGCUAUUGAUCCCUGCUACAACCGCAUUGCCCAGAUUGAGAGCGCACUGCAGAGGUUCGCGACCAUCGAGAAGGCCGUUGACUCCGCCCCGUCAACAGUCUCCCGGAGUGACAUUACCGUUGUCUCCAGCGAUGUUCUGACCUUUGACGACUUUGGCUUCCUCGAGCGUUACGCAAGUGAUUCCAGGAAGCGACAGCCGGACACUAUCGAGUUCCACGAACGCCUCGAUGAGCUUCUCGAGUUCUCGCGGUCCACGGUUGGCAGCGGCAGCAUGGAUGCCACAGCCGACAUUUAUUCUCAGCUCGCCAGUUACUCGUCGCCAGGCCUAUGGCACACUCAGCCGAUCCACACUAUGACCAACAUCAUUGCGACACGCUUGAUUCCCAACAAUGAGGAGGCACAAUGGCUUGGAAUACGUUACGAGUUCAGCCGGGAUCUUAACCGACUGCACAAUCUCAUUGAAGGAUACCGGAGAAAGGCCCAAGGCGGGAAAAUUGCUUCUCUCAGUCGCCUGGAGAGGUCGCUCAUGAAGGACCGUGUGGCAGCUGUGUCGAAGGACACCACAGUCAACCUGGCACCCUUCCUUUUCUUUGUCUCCUCUGUCAUGAUGGAGUAUCUGCGUAAUGGUCAUUCAUCUGCCGUGUCUUGGAAGGAUGCCUGCCGUUUGCUACGCCUGGUGAACCGCUACGUUGAGAGGACAAUUUUCCUCAGCACCGGAGGUCCCUUUGAUGACGCCAAGUUCCAGGCCCAUCUGGCCCAUGGUACAGACAUCCUCCAGGAAAGACUUCAACUUCUCCCGGGGGAGUCUGAGAAGGCUUUCAUCACAAGCAUCUUGGACCAGUUGAAACAUGAUUUCACCGCUGGAUUCAGGCUGUCCACAGGUCUCAGCAUGGAACUCCUCUGGAGGACAUUGAGGCCGACACCGUUCAAGGAUGAGGGCGCUCUCAACAGUGCCGUUGAGCUGGAGCAGCUGGCCUCGAGGUUCGAUGACCUACGCUGGAGGACUUCCGCGUCAAUCGCUCAUCUCUGUAACGCUUCCUCUACCUUGGAGAAAGCAUACAAGCUUGUCAAAAUGACCAAUGUGCCAACUGAGGAACUUGUCCAGGCCCUUUCUACAGAGAUUCAGUUGCUGGAGGCCCGCGUUGGCGUUGAUGCUCCCGAAACCCGACCUUUCUUCUCCGACUCGUUCGAUCGUUUGAGGCAGCUUUUUCUUCUCAAGGAGGCCCGUGCAGGAAACAUCAGCGACCGGGUCUCCCGUGAUCUUCUCAUCCUGGCCGAUGUGCCGACAAAGACUAGCAUGACGAUGGCUGAUACCGACGCGACAUCAGCUCAACUCCAGCUUGUUAGCGCGUUGGCUUGCCAAGAUCGAUUUACGUGGGAUGGGAAGCUCGUGCCGUCACUUUGGACUAAGGUCCAGGGCCUGGGAUCGGUUGACCUCAAUUCAUUGGCAAUGCUCGAGGUCGAACUGCCCAUUCUUGGACGGCACCUGACAUUCCUUACGUCUGAAGUUGCCUCGGACCCUCUGCCCAAGCUCAACGAUUUGUUAUGGAAGCUUCUUCUUCAAGUUUUUGAGGCCCACGGAGAACAGUUGGGCGGCCUAGUGACUGAGGCGUUUGCGGACGCCAAGCAGCUCGCGUCUCAAAACUCCGGGUUGGUGGUGGCUGACAUGCCCAGCCUGCCGGCGUUUGGGCGCCUCGUCAACGGGAUUGAAGCCCAGCAUUUCCGUGAAAUUGCGGAGACCAACUUCAUACCGGCAAUUUCAUUCAUGGCCUCGGCUGAAUAUUCCGUCGGCCAACUGUCGUACCUGUCGGCCAUGGCUUGGACUCACUUCAGCAUUGGCACGGUGAAACUCUACGUCCCGGACCGAGUUUUUGAUCCACAAAUCCGACCGCAGAUGGAACGUGAAUUCUUUGAUGACAUGCAGAGCCACCUCGGAGAGAAGAUGCAAGUUCUUCGAGCGUUCGAGGAGCUCUUCACUGGACACGACACCAAUACACGAAUUGAGCUGCUCCGGGACGAGGCUGAGCGUCUCGGCCCGCUACCACCGGCUGUCCAGCCCGUUUUCCGACCUCAUAAGUCGGAGCUAGGAAGGCUACAUGCCGAGUUCUCCAACAUUUUGAAGGCCGUUGAAAGCGUGGACAUGCCCGAAGGCCACAAAUCUCUAGAGACAACCUUCUCGCCAGACAAUGAUAAGCUCCAACUCGUCAAGGACAACGUCCAGCGACUGGCCGAACGACUUUCGAGCCGAUUCGAUGCGUACCAGGAUAUGACUCUGCCGACCAUUGCUCUCCUCAGAUGCCUCUUGAUCGGCUUGUCAAUCUUUGAUACUGUUGCCCGUGAUUCUGUCUCGCCCGUCACAGACGAGCUUCUACAGGUCACACCUUUCUUCGGUGGCUCUCACUGGAACCCCGAUGUGCCCCCAAGCUCAGCCAAGAACUUUGAGUUCCUCGAUGUCAUGACUCUAUUCGUUGCUAUCCACGGCAUCGAGAGCCUGAAAUCCGACCCUCGCCAGUCUAUUUUUGAAUGCUUCCACUUCUUCUACCACGACUGGAACAAGCGGCUAGAGGUUGAUCGCAAAGCCGAAGAAUCCAAAGCCAGUCUAUACCGGUUUCGUGGUAGCUUGGAGGACGAGGAGCAGGUAGACGAGGAACAGUUCCACGAGCUCUUCCCUGGCUACGAAGAUGAGGCCGUCACCUCCACCGCUACGAAGAAGAAUGACCAGGUUCGUGAGGUGUCUGUCAAGGUGGCGAGGGCGCACAGAAGGAUCUUCCUGUCUCCACCCAAGCCGUCUGAGGCCAUGUCGGACCUUUGCCGAUCUGUCGGUCAGCGCAUCGCGGAUGAGACGCAGCAGCAACUAUCCGUUGGCGGAGGUAUUAGCCGCCGGAUACUAUCUGGCGCCCUCCUAAUCAUGGACGAAAAGAAGCAGCAGCUCUCUGCCCCCGAAGCUUCCCGCUCUUACAACUUCUAUGAGGACGAAAACCUCACCGAGGCACGACAGCUUGUCUCGCUCGUCAAAAAGAUCAAGGGCCGCUUCAGGGACCUUCAGCGCGUUGACGAGAUUGGACAUAUGCAGCCGUUGGAAGAUGUGGUCCAGUCCUGUGACAAGGUCCUAGGGAUUGUGCACACGGAGCCCCUCGCAAGAAUCCUGCCCAAGGUAGAGCAGCUUCACGCCCACGUUUACGAAUGGCAGUUUGGGGGCUGGGCUAGCCGAGCUCACGCUGUCCUCGAGUUGCACAACUCCUUGACUGAUACAAUUAUUCGCUGGCGCCGACUGGAGUUGUCCACAUGGAGCAGACUGUUUGUGACGGAGAAAAAGAAGUGCGAGGACGAUGCCUAUUCGUGGUGGUUUGUUGCGUACCAGGUCGUCAUUGCCGGUCCGCUCUCCAUGAUGGAGUCGGAGACGGAUCUUACAGGCUAUUCAGUUUCUCUCAUCGAGAACCUGGAGCUCUACUUCUCAACUUCAAUAGUCGGCCAGUUUGGCGCGCGUCUCGCUCUUUUGAGGCAAUUGCUGAGCCACCUGGCUCUCCUGGUGAAAGACUACCCUUCCCUUGAUGUCGUCCACAUUGCCGUUGCCAACUUUGUCAGCUACUAUUCUCGUUACGAGUUGGUGGCUGCGGAGAUCAUCCAGAAGGGACAGACGCCCAUUGAUAGGAAAAUGAAGGACAUCCUUUUAAUGGCCAGCUGGAAAGAUACGAACAUCAAUGCCUUGCGGGAUAGCGCUCGCAAGUCUCACCUAAAGCUCUUCCGUCUUGUCAAGAAGUUCCGCGGCGUUCUCGGUCAGGAAAUGAAGACCAUCAUUGACCAGGGUCUCCCCGAUCAGACCUUUGGUGAGAAAAUCAGGGAAGUCGAGAUCGUGGACCCUGUCCUUCCCUCUACAGCUCUUGAAGCCAAGCUCCAAGAAGCCAUUGCGCCCUGUCUCGACAAUAACAGGCGCCUGGCAAACGCCCCCACGACGGUAUCUGUCAUGACCCGUGUGGCUCGGAGCCCGGAGCUAGAUACCGAGAUUCCGUCGGCUCUGGAAGAUUUUGUGUCGAGCCUUGGUGCUUCAGUGGCGGAACUGCGUAAAGAAACGCCGCCUUUCUUGACCGAAGAGAACAAGGAACAUAUCAAGCAUCUGAAGACGAGGAAGAGGAAAUUAUUUGCCGAAACCUUGAAGGAUCUGCGCAAGAUGGGUGUGAGGUACAACCUCCCGCAGGAUCGAUUGGCAGAGCAGGGGACGCUUGCCAUCGCUCUGGCGUCAGCCGCAGACGCCCAUUUCGACGAUAGCUCUGCGAUGCAUGCGGCCCUCUACUACCUGCACAAGACGCUAGACCUCGCACCCAAGGUGAGAUCCGCUACGCGGGAGCAUUCCGAGGAGCUGACUCCAGCCGAAGUUACAAGGAGUGUGGGCUUCAUCGAGGGCUUGGUCAACAUGCUCCUGAGCCAGCGUAAGAGGCUGAGCUCCGUGACCCAACCUUUUGCAUCCCUGCAGACCGAGCUCAACAGGCUACGGGCCUUGAAAACGAUCAGCGACGGGAAUGACGACAACUACAGCCUCAAACAGAACUUGAAGCGCAGCAACUGGGACCAGGUAUUGCCUUGGUUAGUCGAGACACUGCACUUUGCCGUGCAGCUUGUCGAGACCCACGGACGCCUCGGAGGGUCAGCCCACGACGAGGUGGUGAAGCAGCUCGAGUCUUGGGCUCUGCGAUUUGACGAAAAACUAGCCAAAUUGCGCGAUCUCGGUUCUCUCCCCGUCGGCGUGACUACCACGGCCCACCUGGAGCUGGAGACGGCGCUCCUGGUUGAUGUGCAGAUGCUCGAGGGCGCCCUUGAUCAGAUGAUUAUUGAACAUCCCAACCUUGCCUUCAUUCUCAGCCAAGUCAGUCUAUGGUCGAAGCCGACAGAUACCCUACUUGAAACCAACGCCACUCCUAUAAACUUUGAAGCCUUUGCCGAUGUGGUGUCCACCCUCUGCGACACAGUUCUUGUGGCGGUUGAAGCGGCAAAGAAGGCCGGUCGGGACGUCCCGAGGAACACAGAAGACGUCGGUUGGCUGGUCCGCCACGACGAUGCAUUCGCAUUGAUGGUGCGACAGCUUCACAUGAACGAUGUCACCAAGGGUAUCACAGACUGCCUGGAGGCCCUUGGCCGGGUCCAGAUGGACGCUCCUGGAGCUAGCUUGGCCGUUACAGGUGUUGCCGGUCUGGUGAUACCGAUUCUCGACCAGUUCGUUGCCAUUUGCCGCCAAUCUAUCCACAGGAUGGUCAACAUACAUCGCGCUACGGGCAAAAUGGCACUGCAUCUUAGUAAGACGUUCUCGCAGAUGGCCUCUCAGGGAUUCUGUACCCCCCAGGAGAAAUCGGAUGAGACAUCUGGUGACAGCGGCAAGGUCGAAGCCGGUACUGGUCUUGGUGAUGGAGAGGGUGCCGAGGACAUCAGCAAAGAUGUGCAGCAAGAUGAGGAUCUCUCUGAGCUGGCCCAGGAGGCUAGUAAGGAGGAGAAGAAGGAUGAAAUCGAGGACGAAAAGGAUGCUGUUGACAUGGCAGAUGAGGAGCUCGAAGGUGACAUGGGCAGUAUCGAUGGCAAAGAUGACGACAAAGAAUCGCAGGAUGGAGAUAAGGAGGAGGAGGAGGAGGAGGAGGAUGAAGGCCUCGACGAGGAGGCAGGCGACGUCGACGACUUGGACCCUACUGCUGUCGACGAGAAGAUGUGGGACGGAAAGGAUGAAGAGGAGGCAGAGAAGGAUCAGCAAGGAGAGAAACCCAAGGGCGAGAAGAAGGACGACGAACAGAUGGCCGCUGAGGGCGAGUCGAAACAGGAGCAAGAGCAAGCGGAGAAGGACGGAGACCAAGACCAGGAGCAGGAAGGUGAAGAGGACAACGAGGAGGAUCCUGAAGAAGCAGAUGCAGAGGAAGAAGAUGUCAAGGCACAGGGUGAGAUGGAGAAGCAGGAGCAGACUGCCCAAGAAGACGAAACCCUUGCUCUCCCUGACGACUUGGAGCUCGACAUGGAUGACAACGACGCCAUGUCCGAUGACAGUGACGAUCUUGACAUGGGCUCCGAGGUUGAAGAUGAGCUGGAGCAGCUCGAGGAGCAGCUAGAUGCUGCUGAGGAAGAAGACGAGGGCGAGGAAGGAGGUGGAAACGCCCAACCGCAGGAGCCAGAAUCCAAUGAGACCGAGGAAGCCCAAGAAGAAGAGGAGCAGCCUGAUCCGGAAGAUGAUGUUAUCGGCGGACAAGACGAGGUCGAAGAUGAGGCUAAGCCCGAGAAAGAGAAGGAUGAGGACAAAGAGACCAAGGAUGAGGCGCCGCCGCCAAAGGAUAAUGCUGUCACGGACAAGGAGAACGCUGCGCCCAGUGAUGUCAAGACGUCGGGCCUGGAUCAGACCGGAGAAGAGUCUAUGGACCUGGACGAGGAGUUCCAGGACAGCGCCGCGCAGCAGGAACAGGGCGACAUGGGCAAGGGCGAGGCCGACCAGGAUGCGUCUGCCGGUAACAAGGGCUCGGCAUCCAACGCCCAAGAUGCCCGGGACAAUGAAGAGCAGGAGAGGGAUGCCGAAGACGAGGAAGCAGCCAGCGACCCAUUCAAGAAGCUCGGAGAUGCCCUCGAGAAGUGGCACCGCCAGCAGAAGGACAUCCAGGAGGCUCAGCCUGAAGACGAGGCCGACCAGCAGAAGCAACAGCCGGAUGCCGACGAUCAGGGACGACGAGAGUUUCAGCAUCUACAGAAUGAUGACGACGCUGCUGAUGCGCAGGCGAUGGGCACGGCCGACGACGAGGAAGCCCAACCCAUUGACGAGUCGAUGGCGAUCGAUGAGGAGAAGGAAGACUCCACCAGCCGCCUCAUGGAAGAAGACAACGAUCAGGUGCCCGACGAGGAUGUCGAUGGGGACAAGAAGAUGCAAUCGGAGCUUCCGGAGCCCAAGGACAAGCAUCCUAAUAAGGACCAGGACGACGGACGAACAGGAGUCCAGACACGACAGGGCGACUACAACCGAGAGGAGGUGCCAUCCGACGCCGAGGACGAAGACAAAGCCAAGGUGGGCGACGAAGACAAGGACGCCGCCGUCGAGGAAACAUCAACCCAACUGUCCUCCACACACCUCAACGAGGGCGAACGCGAACUCCGUGACUUUGGCGAGUGCAUGGAGCAGUGGGCCGAGUUCCAGAGCAAGACGCAUUCGCUAUCGCUGUCCCUCACGUCACAGCUGCGGCUAAUCCUCACACCGUCUCAGUCGACCAAGCUGUCCGGGUCGUUCCGCACUGGCAAGCGGCUCAACAUCAAGCGCAUCAUCCCGUACAUCGCGUCGAGCUACAAGCGCGACAAGAUCUGGAUGCGCCGCGCCGUGCCAACGAAGCGGACGUACCAGAUCCUGCUGUGCGUCGACGAUAGCAAGAGCAUGGGCGAGUCGUCGUCGGGCACUCUGGCCAUGGAGUCUCUGGUCAUGGUGUCACGGUCACUGACGAUGCUCGAGGCUGGGCAGGUGGGUGUCAUGGGCUUCGGGCGCGACGUCUUCAUGGCGCACGGGCUCACGGAGCCGUUCUCGGCCGGCGACGCGGGCGGCAAGGUUCUGCAGAAGUUUGCCUUCUCACAAGACCGGACCGACAUCGUGCAGCUCAUGCGGCAGACUAUCGAGACGUUCCGCACAGCCCGCCAGCAGCAGCAGCACCAGGGCGCCACAGACCUCUGGCAGCUCGCGCUCGUAAUGUCGGACGGCCUGACACCGUCGUCGGCUCACGACGAGAUCCGACGCCUGCUGCGCGAGGCGGCUGAGGAGCGCAUCAUGGUCGUCUUCAUCAUCAUGGACGACACGGGCAACAAGAAGGGCGACAGCGUCCUCGAGCUCAAGGAGGCCAAGUUUGUUAACGAGGGCGGCGAGUCCCGGGUUGUCAUUGAGCGGUACCUCGACACGUUCCCCUUCCAGUACUAUCUUAUUGUGCACAAUCUCGAGGAGCUGCCCAGUGCGUUGGCCGGUCUUUUGAGAACAUGGUUUGCCGAGGUCGCGGCUUGA